UGAAUGACAGCAGAGGCGGAGCUCUGACAUGUUCAUUAAGGGCCGGGCUGGGAAGGCGCCCCGGCGAGAGCAGCGGCGCUCCAGCCGCGGCAGGCAGAAGCUGGCGGUCGUAGCUCCGCCUCCAGCCUUGGGCUCCACCUCUCGGCCUCAUUUCCGCCGGGAGACCAUUUCUCGGCGUCGCUGCCGUAAAUCAGGUCGGCAGUUUGCCGCAUCACGGAAGAUGGCGGCGGCGGCUACGGUGAACGGGACGCCCGGCGUCUCGAGCUCGGGGCCCGCGGCCACCUCGGGCGCGAUCUUGCAGGCAGCGGCCGGCAUGUACGAGCAACUCAAGGACGAGUGGAACCGGAAGAGCCCGAAUCUUAGUAAAUGUGGAGAGGAGCUGGGCCGUCUGAAGCUGGUUCUGUUGGAGCUCAAUUUCCUGCCAACCACAGGGACCAAACUGACCAAACAGCAGCUCAUUCUGGCCCGUGACAUCCUGGAAAUUGGGGCCCAGUGGAGCAUCCUAUGCAAGGACAUCCCCUCUUUCGAACGCUACAUGGCCCAGCUCAAAUGCUACUACUUUGAUUACAAGGAACAACUUCCUGAGUCAGCCUACAUGCACCAGCUCCUGGGCCUCAACCUCCUCUUCCUGUUAUCCCAGAACCGAGUGGCUGAGUUCCACACAGAAUUAGAACGCUUGCCUGCCAAGGACAUCCAGACCAAUGUCUACAUCAAGCACCCUGUGUCCCUUGAGCAAUACCUGAUGGAGGGUAGCUACAAUAAGGUGUUCCUGGCUAAGGGAAACAUCCCGGCUGAAAGCUAUACUUUCUUCAUUGACAUCCUACUGGAUACUAUCAGGGAUGAAAUCGCAGGAUGCAUUGAGAAGGCCUAUGAGAAAAUCCUUUUUGCUGAGGCUACCCGGAUUCUCUUCUUCAACACACCCAAAAAGAUGACAGACUAUGCCAAGAAGCGAGGUUGGGUCCUGGGCCCUCACAACUACUACAGCUUUGCCAGCCAGCAGCAGAAGCCAGAAGACACCACCAUCCCCUCCACGGAGCUGGCCAGACAGGUCAUCGAGUAUGCCCGGCAGCUGGAGAUGAUUGUCUGAGCCUCAGCCAGGGCGGGUGGACAUGGCUAGUCCAAAAACCCAGUGUAGGCUGGCCUUCAAUAAAGGCGAAUUAACCUUUUAUGGGCCCUAGUCUCCCAGUGGGACAGUGGGAGAGUUGCUCCUGGGAGUUUGGGGGCCUUUGGGCCUCCUGGGUAUGUGUUACCCAGUAGCCAUUGCUCUGGGUUUUAAGUGUAGAUGCCCAGCAGCCCACAAGAGAGCACAGGCCCAGCUUGAGGACUCUUCUAGCCAGCUGUGGAUGCAUUAUGGUGCUGGGCCAGGGGACUAGAUUUUUCAGUGAAGCACCAUGUGUCUCAAUUUUUUAAAAAUGUUGGCCAUGGAUUAAAUAAUUUUUCAAAUGACACGUGAAACUGAGCUUGUCUGUGGGCUACCAUUUGUGCCCUCUGUAAUAAAUGGUAUGGGCCAUGAUGUG